AUGAACAAGUUCGCGGAGAAGAAGAUCAUGUUCCGCCCGGCCGGCGCCGACUCCCUGACCUGCGGCAUCAGGGCUAACGACGUCCACCUCAUCUCCGAGGCGGCGACGGGCGCCGAGUGGAACGGCGACUGCGCCGUGUACCGCCAUGCCAGCGGCGACCUCGUCGUCCUCCCCAGCGGCGCGGCACUGCCCGUCUCCCUCAAGGUCCUCGAGCAAGACAUCCUCACCGUCUCGCCGGUCAAGGAGUUGGCACCCGGGUUCAGGUUCGCUCCGAUCGGGCUCGUCGACAUGUUCAACAGCGGCGCGGCGGUGGAAGGCCUGACGUACCACCUCCUCGACGGCGCAAAGCUGCUCGGCGACGACGGGCCUGCUUCUAGCUCGGACGCCACCGGAUUGGUGUGCGUGGAAGUGAGGGGGUGUGGCAGGUUCGGUGCCUACUCCUCGGUCAGGCCGAGGAGAUGUUUGCUGGGCUCUGCGCAGAUGGAGUUCACCUAUGAUUCUUCCACCGGCCUUGUUGUUUUGCAGCUGGAGGCGAUGCCCAAGGAGAGGGUUCACAGGAUUGUCGACUUGUAA